GAAAAGUUGCCCUCAACUAAGGCACCUGUAAGUUUGCAGCAGGACAGAGGGGACACGGAGGAGCUGGAGGACUGUGUCUGAGUGGGGCAGCCAGGAGAUAGGAAGACACAGAAGUCAGAUGCCUGGACCCAUGGGGCCCACUGACCUACAGGGCCACCUCUGGGCAGGAAUCCUGUUCUCAGCCUCACUUUUGACCAUGUGGAGUCUACCAGCUACAGCCCAGCUCACCCUCGAUGCCAACCUAGUUAACACCACCCAAAAAUUGCUAGCCAAGCCUACCAUUACAGUCAGCCAUGACUCCGUCAUAGAGCACAAAGAAAAUGUGAGCUUCCACUGUGACACCAAUGACGUCAACAUUACCAUCCACUGGGUCUCCAACAACCUCCCCCUGGUGAUCCACGAGCGUAUGCAUCUGUCAGCAGAUGGCAAGACCCUCACCAUCCUCACUGUCCACCGAGAGGACUUCGGAACUUACCAAUGUAAAGUUCAGAGUGGAGUCCAGUUCCAGAACAGUAAUCUCAUCUGCCUGACUGUGAACUAUGGUCCUGACACCAUAGAAAUCAAGUUGCAGCCUGGUGUACCCAAUGGGAAGGUGGUUGAGGUGAUGGAGGGCUCCACCAUGAUCUUCUCAGUGGAGACACAGUCUUACCCGCUCCCUGCCUUUUUCUGGUUCCUCCCCAAUGACUCUGUCCAAUCUUCUACUAUAACCACAUUCACCACAGCUGCAUCCAGGGAACACAAGGGCAUGUAUAAGUGCUUGGUGUCCAGUAAUGUCACCCAACUGUCCCACCUGGGUACUCUUGAAGUCCGAGUCCUCGAAAGGCUGACCAAGACUUACAUCAUGUCCCCAAGCUUGGAUCUCAUGGAGACCUCAAGCUCCAUGGCCCUGACCUGCCAGACCCAAGAGGUGGCGGGGGUCCAAUGUUUCCUGAGGUACCAGCCCCUCCUGCCUAGUGAGCGCUUGGUGCUGUCUGCCAACAAUAGGACCCUGGCCAUCCGCGGCCUCCUGUGGAGUGACACAGGGCAAGAAUGCGAGAUCUGGAACUGGGGCAGCUGGAUGCGGAGUGACCCGCUCAAAUUAACCAUCCACUGUGAGUCACCCCAAAUCAUGACGCGUCCGUCUGCGGCCAACAAGAACUUCCCUUACCACGUGCGCACGUCUCAGAUCGCCUCAGCCGGGGCCCCGGGCCCGGGAGGGAGCCAGUCCGCGGACAAAGCCUUCCCGCAGCACGUCUACGGAAACGUGACGUUCAUCAGCGACUCGGUGCCCAACUUCACGGAGCUCUUCUCCAUCCCCCCGCCCGCCUCCUCCGUAAGCCCCGCGCUCCCGGCGCCCGAGGAGCUCGGGCGCCGCCCCUGGAGCCGGGAAGCAGGUGGAGGAGACGGCGGUGGCGGCUGCGGCGGCGGCCCCGAGGGGCCGCGUGGUGACCAUGGCCGAGCCGGGGGCGGCCUCCCCGCCCCUUCCCACUCGGUUCCCAAGGCGGCUGACCCGAGCUGGGAUGGCCCGACGCCGCCCUACCAGCCGCUCGUGCCCCAGACGGCGGCGCCGCACACCGGCUUCACCGAGUACUUCAGCAUGCACACGGCCGGGGGCGCCGCACCCCCGGUCUGA